GCCGGUAGCGGCGUGUCGGGCUUCUCUCCGCCGCGGCGGUGGGGACGGUGGCAGCCGGCGGGGGUCUGCCUUCGCCGGCAGCGGGGACCCAGUGCUGCCCCGCUGCGCCCGCCCGCUCCAUCGCACGCUGUUGUCAUGGAGGAGCCAAGAUGGCGGCCCUGGCCUACACCCUGGGCAAGCGGGAGAUCAACUACUACUUCAGCGUGAGGAGCGCCAAGGCGCUGGCGCUGGGCGCCGUCCUCCUCCUCACCGCCUGCCACGCCGCCUCCCGCCGCUACCGAGGUGGCGACACAUGUGAGUAUCUUCUGUCCAGUGGGAGAUUUCUUGGAGAAAAAGUAUGGCAACCCCACAGUUGCAUGAUGCAUAAGUAUAAAAAUAGUGAAGCAAAAAAUUGCCUUAUAGACAAACAUGUUGUGUUUUUAGGAGAUUCUAGAAUUCGACAGCUGUUCUAUUCAUUUAUAAAACUCAUAAAUCCUCAAGUCAAAGAAGAAGGAAAUAAGCAUGGCAAUAUCCCUUUUGAAGAUAAAUCUGCUUCAAUUAAAGUGGAUUUCCUGUGGUAUCCAGAAGUUAAUGGCUCUAUGAGGCAACGCAUCAAAUCUUGGACUGAGGGUUCUGUGGCAAAACCUCAUAUAAUUGUAGCAGGAGCCGCCACGUGGUCUAUCAAGAUUCACAAUGGCAGCAAUGAAGCACUCACACAAUAUAAAAUCAAUAUCACUUCAAUUGCACCUCUUUUGGAAAAAUUAGCAAAAAGUAGUGAUGUUUACUGGGUCUUACAAGACCCUGUUUAUGAAGAUAUACUGAGUGAAAGUCGGAAAAUGAUCACUAAUGAGAAAAUAGAUGCUUAUAAUGAAGCAGCUGUCCGUAUUCUGAACAGCAGCUCCCGAAAUUCCAAAGCUAAAGUUAAAGUGUUCAGUGUAUCAAAAUUGAUAGCACAAGAAACUAUCAUGAAGUCUGCAGAUGGCCUGCAUCUCCCUGAAUCAAGCAGAGAUACAAAUGCGAUGAUUCUUAUGAAUGUCUACUGCAAUAAGAUAAUGAAGCCCAUUGAUGGCUCCUGCUGCCAGCCUCAGCCUCCUCUCACUCUGAUACAGAAGUUAGCUUUCUGUUUCUUUACUUUGUCCAUUAUUGGAUAUUUAAUUAUCAAUUUCAUUCAUCGGAAUAAUUUUCGGAAGAACAAAUCAUGCACUGAUUUGGAAAGUGGAGAGGAAAAGAAACCUGCCAUCAGCACUCCUAAUGUUUCUACUUUAGAGAUGCUCUUACACUCCUUCUGCAAACUUGGUCUAAUCAUGACCUAUUUUUAUCUAUGUGACAGAGCAAAUCUUUUCAUGAAGGAAAAUAAAUUUUAUACACAUUCAUCUUUCUUCAUACCAAUCGUCUAUAUCUUGGUUUUGGGGGUAUUUUAUACUGAAAAUACCAAAGAGACUAAAGUGUUAAAUAGAGAACAGACUGAUGAAUGGAAGGGCUGGAUGCAACUUGUUAUUUUGAUUUAUCAUAUCUCUGGAGCAAGCACUUUUUUGCCUGUGUACAUGCACAUUCGAGUUCUGGUUGCUGCAUAUCUAUUCCAAACAGGUUAUGGACACUUCUCAUAUUUUUGGAUAAAAGGAGACUUUGGUGUAUACAGGGUGUGUCAGGUUUUAUUUCGUCUCAAUUUCUUGGUUGUGGUACUGUGCAUAGUGAUGGACCGACCUUACCAGUUCUACUACUUUGUGCCAUUAGUCACUGUCUGGUUUAUGAUCAUUUAUGCCACCUUAGCUAUAUGGCCUCAGAUAGUCCAGAAGAAAGCAAAUGGGAACUGCUUAUGGUACUUUGGUUUACUGCUGAAACUGAUUUGCUUACUGACAUGUAUAUAUUUUCUGUCAUAUUCUCAGGGUGCAUUUGAGAAGAUAUUUUCUUUUUGGCCACUGUCCAAGUGUUUUGAACUCAAUGGGAAUGUCUAUGAAUGGUGGUUUAGGUGGAAGUUGGAUCGCUAUGUGGUUUUUCACGGGAUGCUCUUUGCUUUUAUUUAUCUGGCAUUGCAGAAAUAUCAGAUGAUAUCAGAAGGAAAGGGAGAUCCCCUUUUCUCCAACAGAGUUUCAAAUGUUGUAUUAUUUAUUUCAAUAGUAUCCUUUUUGACCUACUCUAUUUGGGCUAGUAGCUGUAAAAACAAGACAGAGUGCAAUGAGCUACAUCCUUCUGUUUCUGUGGUUCAGAUUUUAGCUUUCAUCCUCAUCAGGAACAUUCCUGGCUAUGUCCGAUCUGUGUAUAGCUCGUUCUUUGCCUGGUUUGGCAAAAUUUCUCUAGAGCUUUUCAUUUGCCAAUACCAUAUUUGGCUGGCAGCAGACACAAAGGGGAUCUUGGUGCUCAUUCCUGGAUAUCCAAUGUUUAAUGUUCUUGUCAGCACUUUUAUAUUCGUGUGUGUGGCACAUGAAAUUUCUCAGAUCACUAAUGAUCUAGCACAGAUUGUGGUUCCUAAAGAUAACUCAACUCUGCUGAAAAGGUUGCUAUGCAUAGCUGGAUUUUUUUCUGGACUACUCCUCUUCUCAGCAGUGCAAGAUCAGUCAAGGCAUUAACUUGAAAAGAUUCUUGGAAACUUUCUUCAGGUUUACUUUGUGUCUGCCUGAACAAAAUUCUCAACUGGAGGUAGAAGACGACGUUUAAAUUAAGUGUGUGGGAAAUGUAUAUAGUGCAAAUGUACAUAUUUUGUGUGGAAAUAGCCUUCUCAUUGCAUGUGAAAAUGAGUCUUUUCUACUGGAUAUAUGUUUCUGUUUACAUAGCUGUUUAAACAUGAUACAAAAAAGUGAAGUUAAAUACCAUGUGCAUAUCACAGAAUUAACUUUACCUCGGGUCAGUCGAAUGAAGAGUGGAUGUUACCAGAGUGCUGCCCAUACAUAACCCACGCUGUAAUCAUUCUCACCAAGGAACAAAAAAGAGCAAACUCGUGAUCCUUUGUUAAUGGUCACCUUUAGCUGAUGUGAAACAUGAAGUUACUGGUAAACCAGGGCAUUUUUCUGAACUAAACAGCAAUUUUUUGUUUAGAGAUGAGUGGAGAUAGUAUAUGUUAUAUGAAACCCUUUAUAUGUGGAAAUAAAAAGUCUUCACCAGUUCAGUGAUUUAAGAUUAUAUACAAAUCUACAUAAUAUUUUAUGGGAUUUUCUAGAAAUUUAAUAUGUGUUUGGCAAAUACGGUGAAUUCUGAGGUGAAAUUUUUUAUAAGAAUUUUUUUUUUCCCCCUAAAAUUGUUUUUUUCAUAAGUUUUAUACUAAUCCAUUUAACUGUGUGCAGUUCUCUGUACAGCCCCAGUGAAUAAAGAGGUGAAUAAUUUUCAGAGACUCGGUUCAAGAUGCAGAAUUUUUGGAAGACCUGCAACCUUGUCCAGGUUGACAAUCCCAUUACAGCCACUCCAUCGGAUCUUAAGGAGUCGGGAGAAAAGGGGAACUGUGGCCUUCGAACCUCUCUCUGAGUUUGUAGGUGACUCAUUAGGGACUCAUUAGGAACUAGGUCUCCUUAGGGAACUGGUGCCAUAUUCUAUCCGGUAAUAGUAUUUUCAUGUGAAAGCAUGUGAGCCAAGGAUGCAAGUCCAUCUGUUGAUACCAUGAGAAGGAGGGAUCGAGCGGUCAUCUUGUUGCAGUGCAGGUGGCUGAGUCUCAGAAUUACAAAUCAAAUGGGAUUGGAGCUGUUGGGAGGAGCCUUUUUCUCCCAUCCUUUUUAGCAGCGCCCAUCUUUCUUACCUCCUUCACACAUAUUCUUCUUAAUUCUUAUUAACUUCUUCAUUCCUACAACAGUAUAAAAAAGUAAAAUUGGACAAAAUAGGCCUUCCGUGCGGCAGCGACAAGCUGUCCUUUACGUUCCACUUAUUUAGUGAAGUUAGAGUCAUUUCUUUCUUUGCUGUUUGUGUUUUCGAUUCAAGUGAUAGUUUGACCUCUAGUUGUUUUAUUUUAUUCUUCUACUGAUUACUUGUUAGCAGUCAGAAACACGAGCACAGUAUAAUUUUCUAAGCAUAUGCGCAAUUAUGUGUGAUUAUAAACAACAGAAAUCCUAAUUUGUACCGCAUGUACUGUUACAUACAUGGUUUUGAUCUUAGCCCAGUCGAAAAAUUGGAUUCAAACCUGCAGCCGCUAAUUGAGUGCAAAAAAAAUUUGUGAAAAGAACGGCUUCUUUUGGUGGAAAACAGUUUCUUUUAAAGAAUGACCAGUCGCUCAUCAUAAAUAAAAUCACUCACUUCCCCCAAAUUCAGCAGUUUUACUAACUCUGCCAGCUAUUUUGAAGCUACUGAAAGGGUACUCAGCUGCUUGCUCUUUGUGUGCGUUACUUCAGCGUUUGGAAGGGUAACCUCCUUGACCAGUGCAUUUGAAUGGCUGAAAGGGUAGAGGUGAACGCUGUCGUGGGGGGUAGGAUGCGUAACCUUCCUCUAUGACAGUAUUAGGAGCAAUGGGAGCUGUGAGUUUGAGGGAUAAUUUUUUUUGUUUUUCACAAGUGUUGUGGAUAUAAUUUUAUUUAUCUGUUGUACAGACUUGGUUAAAAGAUUUAUUUUUAAUGUUUGAAAUAAUGCACUUGUUUACUGUAUGUGGGAUAAAUAUAUUUUCUUUUCAGGUUAUGUAAAAAUAUGAAGUAAUUUAAACAUUAAAUAAAUGUGCUGUGGAUGCUUA